AUGUCCACAUUCGCGAGAAGAAGGAUAAUUCAGGAUUUAAAUAAAAUCAAUAAGGAGCAGAACAAAAGUUUUGAAGCAGCUCCAUUUUCAGAUAAUAUAAUGUGUUGUCACGCAAUUAUCAGAGGACCAGAAGAUACCAUAUGGGAAUGUGGAAUUUUUCAUUUAAUUAUUAGUUUUUCCGAAGAAUAUCCCGUAAGCCCUCCUAAAGUAAAAUUUUUGUCAAAAAUAUUUCAUCCUAAUAUAUACACCGAUGGGAAUAUUUGUUUAGAUAUAUUACAAAACCAAUGGAGUCCAAUUUAUGAUAUAACUUCCCUCUUAACAUCUAUUCAGUCCUUGCUGAAUGAUCCAAAUACUUCAUCCCCUGCAAAUCCUGAGGCAGCAAGGAUAUUCAUUAACAACAGGAACUUAUACAAUAAGAGAGUUUUGAUGUGCGUCGAGGAUAGCUGGGAAAUACCAAAAUUUAACAUGAACAGUUUUAAUUAA